GGUCAGAUGCCGACGCUCAUCGAUGUAGCGCGCUCCGAUUGGCCGCUCAUGUAGGAAGUGGCUUCUCCUGAGCGCCACUGAUGCAACCUUGACUACAUCAGCUGCCGAGUGUGAAGCGUUCCUGCGCAACACUGCUGCUUCUCGUCCCCCCGCCGUAUCUCACCCACCUUCCGUGGGCUGUCGCUCGGCUCAGAAGAGGCUCGCCGGCGGUGGAGAGGAUGGGCCGCUGGGGGAGAUGGUGCGCAUUUGUGACCUCGGGGGCCGGCCAGCAGGAGAUGAGAGUCACGGCUGAAGGAGACUGAGCAUGCAGACGUUCGUGGAGGCUGACUACUAUGAGCUGGACUGGUAUUAUGAAGAAUGCGCUGACGUUCUGUGUGCUGAACGAGUGGGCCAGAUGACUAAGACGUACAAUGACAUAGACGCCGUUACACGUUUGCUUGAGGAGAAAGAACGGGACCUGGAGUUGGCGGCGCGUAUAGGCCAGUCCCUGCUGAAGAAGAACAAGAGUCUAAGCGAGAGGAACAGUUUCCUGGAGGAGCAAGUGGAGCACAUACGGGAGGAGGUUUCUCAGCUGCGUCAUGAUCUCUCUAUGAAAGAUGAGCUGCUCCAGUUUUACACCAGUGCGGCUGAGGAGAGCGAAGGAGAUUCGGUCGCCACCACACCGAUCCGGCGGAAUGACUCCUUGCUGUCUGUGCCAAAUUACUUUCCUCUGGACUCGCUGCAGAAGAAACUCAAAGAUCUGGAGGAGGAGAACACUGUGCUGCGAUCAGAGGCAUGUCACUUGGAAAAGGAGACCAUCUCGUAUGAGGAGAAGGAACAACAGUUGGUUAAUGACUGUGUGAAGGAGCUCAGAGACGCUAACCUGCAGAUGUCGUCUCUUGCCGAGGAGCUGGCGAAGAAAACGGAGGACGCCUCCAGGCAGCAGGAGGAGAUAACACACCUGCUGUCUCAGAUCGUAGACCUGCAGAAGAAAGUCAAAUGCUACGCGGUAGAAAAUGAGGAGCUCACACAGCAUCUGGGAGCUGCUAAGGACGCUCAGAGACAGCUCACCGCAGAGCUGAGGGAGUUGGAGGAUAAGUACGCCGAGUGUAUGGAGAUGCUGCAUGAAGCCCAGGAGGAGCUGAAGAACGUUAGAAACAAGACGCUGCCUCUGAGCACACCGCGCCGCUUCCACUCUCUCGGAUUCAUUCCCAUGGAUUCCUUAGCUGCUGAAAUUGAAGGCACCAUGAGGAAAGAGAUUCAGAUGGCUGACCCAGAUGUGGAAGAGCAGAGGUUACACCCGAAGCGUGUGUUCCAGACCGUGCGCAACAUCAACCAGACUGUCCGUCAGCGCUCUCAGGGCCCCUCCCCCCUAAACAUCCCAGGCUCCAAUCAGACGUCAGGAUUGAACUCCAGACGCUCCAGCUGUCUGAGCACCCCCAGAUCCAGCGUUUAUAUGGGCGAGGGGGGCGUCCUGGACAACCGCACCAGCAGCAUGAUUCUGGAGAGCCAGUCUCCACAGGAGGGCUCAGACGACUCGAACAAGAGGCCCGGUACUCCCGGUACACCCGGGUCACACGACCUGGAGGCGGCCCUACGUCGUCUCUCCCUCCGGCGGGACAACUACCUGUGCGAGCGGCGCUUCUUCGAGGACGAGCGCGAGCGGAAGCUUCUGGCGCUGGCCAAGGAGAAGAGCGACCCGGGCGGAGACAGCGACGAGGAGGGAGGAGGAUCGGUCGCCUCCGCCGACAGCAUCCUGUCUCUGGGGAUGCUGCACUCGGUGUACUCGGUGUACGGCAGCCGCUCCUACCUGCCCGAGAAGCUGCAGAUCGUCAAACCUCUGGAAGGAUCAGCCACCCUGCAUGCAUGGCAGCAGCUGGCCCAGCCCAACCUGGGUGGCAUUCUGGACAGCCGUCCGGGAGUGGUGACCAAGGGCUUCCGUCAUCUCCAGCUUGAACAUGAAGAGAUCUACCAGUUCACUGACCUGGAGGAGGACGAGUCGGACGAACAGCAGAACUCUCAACCUACUCACUCGACCUCAGGCCUGGGCUCACUGCCCUGUUCACCUGUGUCCAGCCUCUACCUGCAGAAUGGAGAGCACAGAGAAGAGGCCGAAACACAGCUGCAGGAGGCAGAAGACGUGGCAGAGAAGGAUGAGGUUACAUCCGUGCAUUUCCCAGGCAAGUGUAUGUCUCACACCAGCUCGACCUACACCUUCACUACCUGCCGGAUCCUCCACCCGUCUGACGAGCUGACCAGAGUGACCUCCAGUGUGAUGUCAGCAGGUCCCUCGCUGGCCACCUGUGUGAAGACCCUUAAUAGUGUGCACUCCACGCCGGUCUCCACCCCCUGCACGCCCCGCCGUCUGAGCCUGGCCGAGAGCUUCACCAACCUGCGGGAGCACACCAAGACCACCAGCACCUCCCUGGGCCUGGUGCACCUCCUACAGGAGAACGGUAUUUCCGCUGCCGUCUACAACCCCCACAGCUGGGACCGGACACCUAAAAAAUCCCCCUGUGCCCCGAGAACUGCUCCAGUCUCAGACACGGUGCCCUCGACGCCCCCGAACUCGCCCACCAAAUCCAAAGUCGGCAGCCCUGUGCUGCCCGUAGACUUCAGCCCCUCCGACCCGCCCUACGAGAACUUCCUCGCCUCUCGGCCUGCCAGUACCAUCCUGAAGGAGGUGAGGGGCGCAGACGCCAGGUGCUCAGAUUCCCAGUGCCAGACUGACGUGAGCGUACACAACCUGCGCCUGCUGGACAAAGUCAAGCGCUUUAGCCUCGGCCCCAGAGCCACGACCCAAGGCGCUGGGCUCGGCUUAGGAUCACCUCCCUUCGGUGCCCAACCUGGACUCCCCAGCCCCAUAGCAGGACUGUCAGGGAUCCGUAGAAACAGAAGUUACCCAGUUAUGGUUGGGGCGAGUAUGGCGAUGAAGGGCCUUGGGCCACCCGUCGAGGUUGAAGAACUGCUCCUGCCCGCCAAGCCCAGACAGACUAGCCUCAGUGAGGAGUGAAUUUCACUCCUCAUCCCCCUGUUGUCUCCGUUGUUGCAAUCUUUUUGUUUAUCCACAUUAAAUGAGUGAAUUCCUGGUGCGGCAGAUUACCUGUGCCUAUAAAAGAGGUUUGUAUAGUUUAUUUUGUAUAGUAGCUGGGAUUGUAUUAAUUUUUUAAUAUUGUUUAUUUUCACAUCGUCCAGAGAGACCAAUGUUUCUCCCCUACUGUAAAAAAUGUACAUUAAUUUGGUAAAUAUGUAGCAUAUGAAGAAAAAUCACAACGCCCAGCAUAAGCACUUUUUGUUUUAAUUUGAGAACUACUGGGGUCGAUUGCGCCAACAGGAUCUGCAGCAUAGGUCAUUAUUGAGUCGUGGUGUAGUGCAGGCUACAUCAUUGUGGUCUGAACGUCGUUGCACUUGGCAUCGUAUCAAGUCUCAGCUCUGCCUGCCGGCUGGGCUGAGCAGCCACAUGAACAACGAUUGGCCUGUUGUUCAUAUAGGGGUGGGAUAUUAAGCCGGAGGGGGUCUCUCUCCCAUGACUGGUGCAAUUACGACCUCUGCUGGCUGAUUGAUGCCGCCUGCACAGACGGGUAAAGAGUGCUGUCAGGGUGCGUCUCUCCGUACACAGUGCUGAUCCACAUUGCACUCGUCAAAGUGUAGGUGACGAGAUGCAUACGGCUGCUGCCCACGUUUUCGGAGGCGGUGUGGGUUAGCUUUGUUCUCCUCAGUCAGAGCAAGGAUCGGCAUUGGUGGAGAGGAAGCGUGACGCAAUUGAGCAAUUGGACGCGCUAAAAGGGAGAGGCCGGGUACGCUUAGGAAUGCGGUUCGAUGCCGCUGCAGGUAGCCUAAAAUCAAAAUGCGUCCAUCUAUGCGAGGUCCGUGUCUUGCAUCACCGCAUUUUAAAGCAUAUCAGGGCACGGUUCAUAAGGCAGCGCUAUCGAUUUCGCUGAAAUAUCAAAGCCGCUGCUUAAGAAAGCGCUGGUUUCUUAAAGGGUUUGUUACUGGGUGCUUAUUACAGUGUAAUAAACACUUCUAAUGCCCUUAAUGAGGGCGUUUCGAUGACGUCCACUAGCACAAAAGGUGGCGCACACUACUGUAAUUCUGCUGUCUGUUCACGGCCGUAAUGAAUCAGAGUGAAACUGAUGCAAUGUUAGUUACAAUAGUGUGACAUGAACAUGAACUGACUGAACAUUAGAGCUUUCUUCUUCUUAUUAUUAUUAUAUAUUUUUUGACUGACCAAUAAUAUGUACGAGUCCAUAUAUGUGUGUGUAGAGUAAAAGCAGUUGAAUAAUCCCUAGGAAUUGCAUAUUUAAGAGAAUUCGGAGUGCUUAAAGCCUCUGGUCAGUAUUACCACAAUCUGAAUGUGUUUUUGUCUUUGGGAAGACGAAGACUCUCCAAAGAUGGAACCGUAAGCUUGAAGUGCAUCGUGAAGUGCGGGUUGGUCACUUCCCGUAAUGUCAUAGUGCCUGAGCAUUUAUUUACGUUCACAGCGACUUACAAUUCUGACUGAAUACAGUUGAAGCAUUGAGGGGCCCAACAGUGGCAACUUGGUGAUGAUGGGGCUUGAACCGGCAACCAUUGAUACUGUAUAAUCAUUUAUUAUUGCGACUCAGUAUGCACUGGUGUUAACACUCUAACUUCAGUGUUGGGCAUCAUUCACCCAGAAGCGUUUAUUUUUAUUCAUGUUAGAGUUUUGAUUGUAAUGUUAGCAGGAUGUUUAAAGGUAGAGACGAUGCUGGGUUAAAGCACAUCACAGCCAUCCGUGAGGUUCGAACGAUGCCGUAUUCUGAUCGUGUUCUUAGUUGCGUGAGUUGUUUGUUCGAAUGUGUAUGCACUUAACCAUGACUUGAAUGUAUUGCAGAACCACAGAGGUGUCUGACGUGACUGUAUGUUCAGUGCAGUUAUGGGUUUUAUUUCCAGAACACACAAAGGGAAGUUUUGCCACUUGUACACUGUAAAAUGUAAAAAAAAAAAAUGCAAUAUUGCUCAUUUUUUAUACAAAUGUAAUCAAUGAAUGAAUGAAUAAAUAAAAGAAUAAAUAGAAAACAGUGGCGGUCGUGUGAAAGCAAAGUGAAGAUUUAGAAUCAGGAAUUUGGCUGUAAAAGUCGUCAAUAAAUAAACUAAAACAAACAUACGGCUUUUUCUAGUGAUAUUCAAUGUUACAGAACUGAUUUACUACUGUUUGUUCUUUUCUGGCCAAAUGAUUCAGUUUAACAUGAACCCCAAAAGAAACAACACCUGAGAAAUUCACUUAUUUACCCUUUAGUUUUAACUAAAGUAUCCAGACCUUCACAACAGUCCUCCACACAAAUAUCUUUGAAUAUUUUGAAUAAAGGAUAUUAGUACAAUUUUUAAGUCUAAGCAAUGAGGGCUGUUUUUACAGCUCAUUUUCCUUUUUAUGGGUGCUAAUAUUUGUGGAGGUUGCAGAAAAUUUACUGGCAUCGUUUUUUAACUGCUUUAUCUGGUUCCUCUCAAGGUUUCUUCCUGUAAUUUUAAUGGAGUUUUUCCUUUGCCAGGGUUUUUUGUUCUGUUGGUCCAGGAGUCUGUAAAGUUGCUUUGAGACAAUGUCCAUUGAAAAAAGCGCUAUACAAAUAAAGUUGACUUGACUUAUAA